AUGCCUUCAUACCUCAUCACAGGCGCCUCUCGUGGUCUCGGCUAUGAGUUCGCUCGCCAACUUGCCGCUAUUCCAGACAAUACGGUCAUCGGCAUGGCACGUAACAAGGACUCCACUCAGGCUCGCUUAGCCAGAGACGGUAUCACCAACGUCGUCAUCGUUCAGGCCGACAUUACAGAUCAAAAAGCUCUUACCGCUGCCUUCGAACAAGUCAAGACCAUCACCAAAGGCUCCCUAGAUGUACUCAUCAAUAAUGCCGCACUGGUCAGCGAUCGCAGCGCCUUCAUCACAUUGGUCGACGACGAGCCUGCCACGCUGGAAGAAGACCUCAUGUCCUCUUUCCGCGCGAAUGUCGUAGGUGUUGCGAACACCGUCAAUACCUUUCUACCACUCCUCCGCGCAGGACACGAAAAGAAAGUCGUUACCAUUUCGACCGGGAUGGCGGAUCUAGACUUUGUGAACCGCUUCAGCAUCCCCAUCGCCGCUCCCUACAGUAUCUCCAAGGCCGCCACCAACGCCCUCGUAGCCAAAUACAAUGCUACCCUUGGCCAAUCCGAAGGCCUCCUCUUCAUGGCGCUCAGUCCGGGGCUUGUUGACACGAGCGAAAGUAAGCAGCCGACUGAACAGGAGAUCGCUGGAGGUCAGGCAAUGGGCUCCAUGUUCCAGGAAUACGCGCCGGAUUUCAAGGGCCCAAUUACGCCUGAGCAGUCAGUGCAGAUGUGUUUGAAGGUCAUUGGAGCUGCUACCGUGGACACGUACGGUGGUGCGUUUCGUGUAGCGAAAUGA